UCCGGAAGUACUUUCCAGGACCUAUCAGGAAGAGGUCCCGGGCGCGGACGCCGGCGGGUGUCAUUAUGGCGGCCCGCAUUGGCUCUAUGGCGGGCUUGCUCUGUGUCCGCUGGUGGAGAACCGCGCAGCUCGCAGCCAGAGGAGAGCCGCUAGUUGCCUGUCGGCGAUGGGCGGGCUCCUCGGCAGACACCGUGUACGAUGUGGUGGUGUCAGGAGGAGGCAUGGUGGGCUCUGCCAUGGCUUGCGCCUUGGGACAUGAUAUUCACUUUCAUGACAAGAAAAUCCUGUUGCUGGAAGCGGGUCCAAAGAAAGCCCUGGAGAAAUUGUCAGAGACUUACAGCAACAGAGUCAGCUCCAUAUCCCCUGGUUCCACAACACUUCUCAGUAGUUUUGGUGCAUGGGACCACAUCUGCAAUAUGCGUUGCAAAGCCUUCCGGCGGAUGCAGGUGUGGGACUCCUGCUCAGAGGCUUUGAUAAUGUUCGACAGGGACAACCUAGAUGACAUGGGCUAUAUAGUGGAAAAUGACGUCAUCAUGAAUGCCCUCACCAAACAGCUGGAAGCUGUGGCAGAUCGAGUGAAGGUUCUUUAUGAGAGCAAAGCUGUUGGCUAUUCCUGGCCUGGUCCAUUUUCCAUGGCAGACUCCAGCCCUUGGGUCCAUAUUACCCUAGGUGAUGGCAGUACCCUCCAGACCAAACUAUUGCAUCUUGUCUCCAUGCAGAUUGGUGCUGAUGGGUACAAGUCAGGAGUGAGGCAAGCUGCUGGGAUCCAGAAUGUCAGCUGGAACUACGACCAGUCUGCUGUGGUGGCCACUCUCCACUUAUCAGAGGUCACAGAAAACAAUGUAGCCUGGCAGAGAUUUCUUCCCUCUGGGCCUAUUGCUCUGCUCCCGCUCUCAGAUACCUUGAGUUCCUUGGUUUGGUGCACAUCUCAUGAGCAUGCAGCAGAGCUGGUCAGCAUGGAUGAGGAAGAAUUCGUGGAUGCCAUCAACUCUGCCUUUUGGAGUGAUGUUCACCACACAGACUUUGUUGACUCGGCCAGCGCCAUGAUACGCCAUGCUGUCGCCCUUCUGAAGCCCACUAAGGUCUCAGCCCGUCAGCUGCCCCCAAGUAUAGCCAAGGUGGAUGCUAAGAGCAGAGCCCUCUUUCCUCUGGGGCUGGGACAUGCUGCUGAGUACGUCCGGCCUCGGGUGGCCCUCAUCGGUGAUGCAGCCCACAGAGUCCAUCCGCUUGCGGGACAAGGUGUCAACAUGGGCUUCGGGGAUAUUUCUAGCUUGGUUCAUCAUCUCAGUACAGCAGCCUUCAAUGGAAAGGACUUAGGCUCCAUGAGCCACCUCACAAGUUAUGAAACAGACAGACAGCGUCAUAAUACUGCUCUUCUGGCUGCUACUGACCUAUUGAAAAGGCUCUACUCUACCAGUGCCACUCCGCUCGUGUUGCUCAGGACAUGGGGCUUACAGGCAACUAAUGCAGUGUCUCCGCUCAAAGAACAGAUUAUGGCCUUUGCGAGCAAAUGAGUGCUCCUCUUCUGGAGACCAUGAGGAUGAUUAAAGAACACCUAGCCCUGGGACCUUCCCAAUAUGGUUUAAUAAAUUUACACCAGAA